AUGAAAUAUGCACAAGUGCCUACAACAGCAUUUCAGUCAGGGAAAUUAAUUUAAAUUGAACACUAUAGCUAUAGUGCUAAUGAUCAUAUAGGAUCAGGUUUUAGCAGUUCUGUAUAUAAGGGAAAAAAUGAAAAUACUAAUGAGACCGUUGCGAUAAAAGUAUAAUAUUUUAAUUUGACAUAUAGAUAAUAGAUAGAAAUAAAAUAACCAAUGAAGUUGAAGAAUUUUUGUUGAAUCAAGAAAUACGAGCCUUAUCUUUGAUGAAUUCUGAAAAUAUUGUGAAAAUGUAUGAUUAUUAUCAUAAACCCCAAUGUACAUACAUUAUAACUGAAUAUUGUAAUUAGGGUAAUAAUAUUGUUUAAAAUGAUUAGGUGAUUUGGGAUAGUUGAUAAAAAAGAAGCAGAGAAUAGAUGAAAUAGAGGCAAUAAAAAUAAUGAAGCAUCUUGUAAAUGGUUUUAAAGAGUAAGUAGCUAAGGGAGUAAUACAUAGAGAUUUGAAGCCAAUAAAUAUUUUAAUUAGGAAUGGCAUUCCAAAAAUAGCUGAUUAUGGAUUUUCUAAAAUGAUGAAUGCACCUCCAGAAACAAUAUAUUACAAUGUCGGUACAGCUCUAUAUAUGAGUCCAUAAACAAUGAUAAAGAAUGUGUAUUCAGAGAAAACUGAUAUUUGGAGUUUGGGAGUGAUAUUUUAUGAGAUGUUGUAUGGAUAAGUACCAUUUUAAGCAGCAAAUGAAAAAGAUUUAGCAUAAAUUAUGCUGAGAACAACUCCAGCAUUUCCUUAAUAAAUUCCUGUGUCAAGAGAAACAAUAGAGUUUAUUUUAAAAUGUUUAUCAGUAGAUGAAACGAAAAGAUUUUGCUGCAGUGAUUUAGAACAUCAUUCUAUUUUCUAUAGAAGACAUACUAUGACUGUACCUAGACCAUUAGCAGAUAGAAAUUUAUCAGCAUAAAACCGAUCUCCUCAGAGAGCUACAGAGUAUUAGCCAACAAGAAAAAUCAAUUUGGUAGCUCAAACUGCAAUGCCUUAAUCAGCAUUGAAGAGUAGAGAAAGUGUUCGAUUUAUGACUCAAAAUGAUGAAGUUAUCUAAGCUUAAUUUCAAUUUGUAGAAUUAAUGUUCAGGAUACUUCGAAUAUUAGAUAAAUAAGUAGUAUUUAAUUAAGAUUAAUAAAUCAAACUCAAAUUCUUGAUUAUUAAGAAUAUGUUUUUUAAAACUAUUUUGUUGAGAGAAGUUGUUGAAAAGAAACGGAAUGUAUUUCAACUUUAUGAAUUUGAUGUUUACAUAGAAUCAGUUGGUAAAUAUACAAGUUAAGUUAAUUAAUUAUAUUUGAUUUCAAAAGAAUAUCAUGAUAAAUAGGUAAUUAAUUAGAAAUUAAAUUUAGUAUUAAAUGAUAGAGGGCAAUCAAUAGUUGAAGUAAUCUUUACUUAAAGAUAGAAGCUUUUAAAAGAUAUAUGAAAAUUUUAAAUCGGUAACAGAGAGCUAUGAAUUCUAUCUCUUAUUUAGUACAUUAUUAUAGAGAUGCAUUAGAGAUUUGUUCAAUAAAUGUAAUAAUAAAUUAGCAGGAGUAAGUGAUUCUUAGUAAUUAUAAUUAUAAGAGGAAACUAUGGUAUAUGUUCUAGAAUAACUUACAUUUUAUUACAGCUUAUUGAGAUUGAUAAUUGAAAAUAAUAAUAAUUUUUAGGUGUUCACUAAGAAAGCAUAAAUCUAUAAAAUAUUAUAAGCCACUCCAGCGUAGAUAACAAAGAGCAAUUUAAUGACAAUUAGAUAAUCAAUAUAAGAGAUGAAAAUAUGA